UGUAAGCACUGCAGCAUGGAUUUUGAGACAGUCUGCUCCCUUAAAAGGAUCCUGAAAGACAAGACUGAUGAUGCCAAUAAGACUGAUGAUGAUGCCAGUAAGAUUGAUGAUGUCAGCAGCAAUGACUCCCAGCCCCAGUGUGAGCUCAACAAGCCUGUCGAUGUCCACGCCGACUUCAGCAAACUGCUGAGUGAACUCAACAAGAACGAUGCUCCGUAUGCCCUCAGUCUUGCCAACAGGCUGUAUGGGGAGAAGUCUUACCAGUUUAUUGAGGAGUUUUUAGCAGACAUCAAAAAGGAAUACAAAGCUGAGCUUGAGUCAGUGGACUUCAAAAGCAGCGCAGAGGAGGUCAGGGUCAACAUCAGUGAAUGGGUGGAGAAGCAGACACAAGGUAAAAUCAAGGACUUGCUGGGGAAGAACGCGGUGGACGGUCUGACCAGGCUGGUACUGGUCAAUGCCAUCUACUUUAAAGGCAACUGGAACCAGAAGUUCAACGAGAAGGAUACUGCUGAUGCAGCCUUUAAAAUAAACAAGAAUGAUACUAAGGAGGUGAAGAUGAUGCGGCUGACCAGUACAUUUCCUGUCGCUGUCAUUCCAGAGCUCAACUGUCGGGUGCUUGAGAUGCCCUACAAAGGAAAGGACCUCAGCAUGCUCAUCUUCCUGCCUGAUCAGAUAGAGGAUGAUUCAACAGGUUUGGAGAAGCUUGAGAGCAAGCUGACCUAUGAGAAGUUUGUGGAGUGGACUAGUCCAGUCACGAAGAAUGAAAUUGAGGUCCAGGUGAGCCUGCCUCGAUUCAAGUUGGAGGAGAAGUACGACAUGAAGGAUGUCCUGGUCAGCAUGGGCAUGGUGGAUGCCUUUGACACUGCAAAGAGUGACUUCUCUGGAAUGUCUUCAGCAAACGACCUGGUACUGUCUAAAGUCGUCCACAAAGCCUUUGUGGAUGUGAACGAGGAAGGAACUGAGGCUGCAGCUGCCACUGGGGGUGUCGCUAUCAACCUUGUCUCUUCCUGAAAUGUUCACAGCAGA